AUGAACAGCACUUUCAAGGCUUUUCUGUGUGCCGCCUUGCUGGAUGCAGCCUCAAACGGGACUGUUGACGCGGGCCGCGAGGUAGUGGUGGAGGAAAGCGAUAUCGUUUCUUAUUCACCCGUCACCGCAAAACGGGUCGGCGGUGCAGGCUUCACGAUUGAGGACCUUUGCAGGGUCACGGUCACCAUAAGCGACAAUGCUGCGGCAAACAUCGUCAUGAAAGAGGUCGGCGGGCCCGAGGGCGUGACAGCCUUCCUCAGAGGCAUCGGAGACGACAUCUCCCGCGUGGAUCGCUGGGAACCGGAGUCGAACACCGGUAUCCCCGGCGAUGACAGGGACACAACGACACCAGAUGCGGCGGCUGAAACGCUGAGGAAGCUUGUUCUUGACGAGACCCUGGCGGCAGAUGCCAGAGCCAAGCUCACGGGCUGGCUCGAAGGCAACAAGGUUGGAAAUAGCACGCUACGCGCCGGGUUGCCCGAAGGCUGGCGCAUCGCCGACAAGACAGGCGCAGGCGCCAACGGGUCGCGCAACAACAUUGCCGUUAUCUGGCCCGAAGGUCGCAAACCGCUGGUGAUCGCAAUCUAUAUCACUCAGACAACUGCGGCAUUCGAGGCCCGCAACAAAGCCAUCGCCGGCAUCGCGCAAGCGCUCCCGGCUGCUCUUCAGCCAUGA